AUGGCGGAGGGCACCAAGGACCAGCCCGAUUACUCGGCCUGGACAAACGCAAGCCUGAUCGCCCGUAUCACAGACCUCGAGCGUCAGCUUCACACUCGUACAACGGAAUUUACCGCACCGACCGAGCAAUCUACCCAAAAUACCGAUUCUCAAGCGCCCGCAUUCUCCCCCGAAGGGGACAUCACCCAAGUUCCUGGGCCGGCCCGGGAGGUCAAAAGCAAUGCCGGAUCCAAUGUUGAACGGGCUUUUGACCCCUCCAAGUACUCCACGCGAUACAUUGCGCUGAAAUUUGCAUACCUGGGUCAGGCGUACAAUGGACUGGAGCACACCAACGGCAACGUGACUCCCUUGCCCACGGUUGAGGAAAUUGUGUGGAAGGCUUUGCGCCGCACUCGCCUUAUCUUCCCCGAAACGACCUCUGAUCAGGAACCGACUGAACGUGAGCGCGUCCCUAUGCGCCCUUACCACCUCUACUGGGACGGGGUUGAAUAUUCCAAGGCGGGCCGCACGGAUAAGGGAGUCAGCGCCUUUGGACAAGUCAUUGGGUUGAGGGUUCGCAGUCAGAGACCCAAGCCUAAGCCUCCAGUUGAAGGCGAAGAGGAUGCUAUGGAGGUUGACACAUCUACUGAAACAAAGUGGGAUGAUGUAGCCGACGAGAUCAACUACCCAGCUGUUCUGAACAGAGUUCUUCCGGAAGAUGUUAGGGUUCUAGCUUGGUGUCCUAACCCACCACCUGGAUUCGAUGCCCGCUUCUCUUGCCGUGAACGUCGGUACAGGUACUUCUUCACAAAUCCAGCCUUCACACCAACUCCUGGCGCCGCUGGGUUCGAGAACCGCGCGCAAAGUGGAAACGGACCACGGGCUGAAUUCCGCGAGGGUUGGCUUGACAUUGAUGCCAUGCGUGAGGCAGCCAAGCAUUUCGAGGGUGUUCAUGAUUUCCGGAAUUUCUGCAAGUUAGACGUCAAGAAGCAGAUUGAUAACUUUAUGCGCAUCAUUCAUCACUCUGACAUCGAAGCUGUGAACCCCAAGACUGACCCGCUGGGCUAUGUUGGAAAAGCUGGGUUCCAGGCCAAGCAGAAUGCCAUUCCAGAACCCGAUCAGGUAACCCCGGACACAGUCUCUCAGAACGUUCCACAGGUGUACUCGUUCAGCCUUCACGGAUCAGCCUUUUUGUGGCACCAAGUGCGCCACAUGGUUUCAAUUCUGUUCCUGGUCGGACAAGGCCUGGAAUCACCGUCCAUUGUGCCUGAAUUGCUAGACCCUUCCAAGAACCCACGUAAGCCAACCUAUUUUAUGGCUGACGAUGCUCCUCUGGUUCUCGAGGAUUGCAUCUUCCCUGAUGUCGCCUCGGGUAGCCGCGAGGAUGCCCUGAACUGGGUCUAUGCUGGCGACGAUGUCGGCAACACCAAGGGAAGCGCUAAGGGCGACGCCAAAUUCGGGUUGCAGGGCACAGUUGAGACAAUGUGGACUGUCUGGAGACAGCGCAAGAUUGACGAAAUCCUUGCUGGUGCUCUGCUGGAUUUGGUUGUCAGCAAGGGCAACCAGAGCAUCGAGCAGAGGGAUGAGCAGUUAAAGAUUUCGAGCUCCUCUGGCAAAAAGUCGAAAAGAGGCUCUAAAACCUGGUAUGGCGGAAACGACUGCGUUGUUGGUGGCAAAUAUACCCCCGUCGACAAGAAGCCCAAGAUGGAAACCGUUGAAUCCCAAAAUGCCAAGGGACUCAGGGCGAAGCAGCGAAAGCUGGAAAGAGAUGAGGCCGCAAAGGCGCCAGAAGCAUAA